UGGUCACGUGGCCGUCGCGGCAAGGCGCCGUAGUUCGCCAGCUUUCCCAGCGGCGGUGGGCCGUGUGCGAGGUGGUGCAGCCACAGCUCCCUGCGUCCGCUACGAGGACUGAGCGCGCCCGUCCGAUAAGCGGCACGGUGUAAAUGUAUGAGCAGGAGGUGAGUCACAGUCGAAGUUUGAAAGGCGCUGCACCGAGUAAAGGCGUAAUCUGCAGCAAUCAAGGUGUUUGGCAAGGCGCAGACCUGUCCAGAGGUGUAUAAUGAAUCCAAGUAUGAAGCAGAAACAAGAAGGAAUCAAAGAGAGUGUAAAGAAUAGUCCUGUGCCAAGAAGAACUCUGAAGAUGAUUCAGCCUUCAGCAGCUGGAUCACUUGUUGGAAGAGAAAAUGAGUUGGUUAAAGCCUUGUCCAAAAGGAAACAUUGGAACGACCAGUUAACAUCUAAGGCUUCCAGCUCUGGAGUUGUUUUUGUCCCAGAACAUAGUGAAAAUAAAAAUUUUAGUGAAAUUACUCAAGAAGCAUUUGAUCUUAUGAUUGCAGAAAAUCCAUCCUCUCAAUAUUGGAAAGAAGUGGCAGAAAAACGGAGGAAGGCGCUCUAUGAAGCACUUAAGGAAAAUGAGAAACUUCACAAAGAAAUUGAACAAAAGGACAGUGAGAUUGCCCGCCUGAAGAAGGAAAACAAAGAACUGGCAGAGGUAGCAGAGCACGUACAGUAUAUGGCAGAGGUGAUAGAGAGACUGCAUGAGGAACCUCUGGAUAACUCUGAAUCACCAAACAGUCAGGAAUGUGACUUGGAAGAGGAAACCGGUGAGGACUCGGACGUGGAAGCCCCAGAUGUUGGUACGUGUACUGAAGAUGCUGUGUCUUCCUUGACAGAUGCAAAACCGUGUGUGUGAAAGUCAUGCUUAUCUGACUUGAGAAAUUUACUGCCAGAGUUUACUUCCACUAGAGUUCUUGGUAGCAGAGCAGACAACUGUGUACUGCAGAGUUGGAAUCAGACCUCCUUGUUUGAAUCCUGGGACCCCCGUUGUAUUAAAAUACAAAUACUAUGUAUUUUUAAUCUAUUGAUGUUUUAUGUAAAUAGCCUUUUCUCAGUGGUCAAACAUGACUUGUGUAUGAUAAAUAAACUUCAGUCUCUUGUUGAG